AUUUGGGGUGGCUGCAGCAAUGCGGCGAGUGUAUCGCAGAGCUAGAGGAAUAUAGCCGUGUCCGAGGCUAUCCAUCGGUAACAGACAAUCGCUGGUGGCUCGAAUCGCGCAACUUGAGAGUGUUAAGUGCUGAGUUGAAAGGCGAUUCGUACAUUUCGGCGGUGGCGGUGUUGGAACUUCUUCGAGAGCGCAACUGUCGUGGCGCGAGAUCGACACCGCGUUUGACAGUCGCGUGCUUACCGGAGCGGUAAUUAACGCGGAGUACAUUGACCCGCGCAAAUUUCUCGAUGACGCUCGCGAUAUCGUGAUGGAGCAUGUGCAAGACACUAUCGAGCGCUAAAAUUGUGUAAAGGUGAAUACUAUGUUCAACGGAGAGUUUGUGGCGGGUGAUAAACGUGCAAAUAAAUGCAUAAAUACAAAAAACUAUGAACUGUUUAUUACAACGGACCUACAACAGUGGUACAAGUCGCGCGUAAUCGGUCCGACUCUAGCUGAACUCGAAGAGUUUCAGGAGCGUGAUAGCGGGUGGGCGCUGCCGCGUAUACACGACGUAACCAUUAACGUGAACAAGUGCAAUCCUAUGCGCGCAGGAUGUCCUAUAGACAUGCCAGAAGUGGUAAAACGAAAGAAAGCGGUGAUCAACGUACUAUCAAAGGACAAUGCGUGUUUCGCUUGGUCGGUGGUCGCUGCUCUCUAUCUAGCUGAAAGAAACGCGGAGCGCAAAUCGUCGUAUCCAUAUUACAGCGACGUGCUAAACUUGCGAGACAUUAGCUUUCCAAUGACACUCAACCAAGUGAAAAAAUUUGAACAAUUGAAAAGUAUUUCUAUCAACGUAUACAGCGUCGAGAAGAAGAAGGAAUGCACAGUCGUACCGCUACGAGUUGCCGAUGAGAAGGAGGAGAAGCACGUGAACCUUUUAUACCUACAAGAUCAGAGGGGUGCUGAAGUGGGUCACUUCGUCUGGAUACAGAAUUUAUCCCGCCUCGUCAGUUCUCAGCUCAGUAAACACAAGGAGAAGAAAUACAUUUGCGAUCGGUGAGUAUCGACAAGAUUUGUGAAACUUACUUUAUUUGAAAAAAUAUAUGUUAAAAAUUUUUGUCUUUCCAGAUGUUUGCACUACUUUAGCUCCAACGUCAAGUUGCAAGCCCACAGCGUGGACUGUCAACAGAUAAAUGACUGCGCGAUCGUAUUGCCCAGCGAGGAGGACAAGUGGCUCAGUUUUAACAAUCACAGUAGGAAGGAACGUGUGCCGUUUGUCGUCUACGCCGACUUGGAGUGUAUCCUGAAAAAGAUAGAUACGGAUCCGAAAGCAUAUCAGCACCAUGAAGUAUUUAGCAUCGCUUAUUACCUGCACUGCUCAUAUGACGACUCGCUAUCAACACAUCAGUUUCGUCGUGACAAGGAUUGCAUCGCAUGGUUCGCUGACCAACUAGAAGAAUUAGCAUAUCGUGUAAAGAAUAUCACGUAAAAAUCUUACCUUUUUAAAAAAGGUAAAAAAAAGCACCAAGUCUAAGCUCCAAUUCAACC